GCACAUUCAGUGCCAGGCAACUGCAAAUAUCUGCUUGAAAAAGAAGCUGGCUGAGACCCCGCGGGAACAGAAGUUCGUGAUACAAAGUCAACUCUAUGUUCAUUGAUUGCUAUUUUCGGCUACUUGCUUCAAUAAGUUUCUUCCCAGAAAUGAUUGCAUUUUGGACAUAGCUGCACAGUUACUCAUAGCACCCACAGCUGCAGGCUCUGCACCUUUGCAAGAACGUGCAUGCACACCCUGUUUGCAUAGACCAUCAUGCUCCUACAAGUGCCAUUCACUGGCAAGGACACACUGCUCAGAGGCUGCAGAUCAAGAUACACGCAGAGCAGAGCAAAGGAACAGGAUUUGAGACAGCCCCGGGUUUCCUCUUUGAGCAUGUUUAAAACAUUUUUUUUCUCAUUCACUUCCUUCCUGUUCUAACUGCCAGUACUCAGGAGUCAGUGUGAAGAGAACAGGCACCCCGGACAGACCAGAGACAAGAGCCCCUAAAUAUCAAAAUGACUGAAAAGGCUCCAGAAGCACAAGUGGAAACAGAUGAUGAUGAGUUGGACAGCAUGCUCAAUUACAAGCCCCCACCUCAGAAAUCACUGAAAGAGCUGCAGGAGAUGGACAAAGAUGAUGAAAGUCUGGCCAAGUACAAGAAAACGCUCCUGGGGGAUGGCCCCGUGGUGGCAGACCCAACAGUUCCCAAUGUCACUGUCACCCGCCUUACCCUGGUUUGUGAGAGUGCUCCCGGACCAAUCACCAUGGACCUCACCGGGGAUCUUGAAGCCCUCAAAAAGGAAACGUUUGUGCUAAAGGAAGGUGUCGAAUAUAGAGUCAAAAUUCAUUUCAAAGUGAACAGGGAUAUCGUGUCAGGACUGAAAUAUGUUCAGCAUGUCUACCGAACUGGGAUGAAAGUGGAUAAAGCAUCAUUUAUGGUGGGCAGCUAUGGGCCCCGGCCUGAGGAGUACGAGUUUCUGACGCCCGCUGAGGAAGCUCCCAAGGGCAUGCUGGCCCGAGGUACCUACCACAACAAAUCCUUCUUCACCGACGAUGACAAGCAGGACCACCUGACCUGGGAGUGGAACCUGUCCAUCAAGAAGGAAUGGACAGAAUGAUGCCUCUGCCCGUCCCAUGGCCUGCCUUUGCCACCAUCCCACCCCCUUGUUCUCCCACUAUGGAAGACCCUCAUAGCCCUGGUCACCAUCCUUCCCUUCCUAUGGGUUCCCCCUGGCUCUGAAAUUCUCACUCUACCUAGUGCUUUCUGGCAGAAGAGGCUUAGAAUGCAGACCUUUACCUUGCCCACUUCGAGUACCCACCAGAGCCAGAUCUCUGAUGCUGCCUGUCUCAGUAAAUGAUUUCAUAUCGGCCUCUUACUAAUUGCCAUCAGCACAGCCAACGGCUAAGAAAUACCAUACUUCACCACAUGAUUGUUACAGAUUUUAUGUUGUUGUGGUUUUUUUUUUUUGCAAAAAAAAGUUGGAUUCAACCAUUGCAUGAAGUUUUUCUUCAUAUUGUACCAGUAUACCAAAAAUACAGGAUGCAGUGAUCAUGCUGCAGUGACACGUAUGCCACGGAAUCGGGAAGGUACACUAUUCCCCGUGGUUCUUUUGUCUUGGGGUUCUUGUUCCCACCCUGGAGACAUCUAGAGUUUUUACUGGCUCAAUGAAGGUCCCUAAUCACAUUUCUUGCCCAUUGGUUGGGGAUUUUCUUCUCUGGAGGACACUGUAAACUGCACAAGAGAGUGAGAAUAAAGCUGUUGGUAACAUGAA